AUGCGUAAUGAUAGUGAACUUGGUCGUGCUAAAGAUAGAUUUGAACUUAUAUCUUCGGAUCCACUUCAUCAAAUUUUACCCAUACACUAUUUGGAUGAAAUUAAAAGACAUAUAGAAGUUAUUUAA